AAUAGUGUCGAACAUUUUACAGCCGAACUCCUUUUGUUUACUGUCCUUCGUAUGUUUUCUUUUCUCUACAAAAAUCCAAAAAAGACUUAACAGAAAAUCGGUCACCUUUCAAGCUUACAGAAAAGGGGGGGGGGGAAGCAAAGACACGCCGUCAGCAAUGUCGCAAUCCGGCGCCAGCCACUCCUUAGAUACGACGGAUGAAGAUUACGAUAUGGAAUUCCGGUCGUACCCAGACGACGCCUGGUACAGUGUCCGAUUAUUGUUAGAGGGCGACAGAAGUGAAAAGCUGAGAAUCAAGUACGACAACUUCCCCGACGAUAUAGACGACGUUUUCCCGGAUGGAAAUUUUAAGUCGGAGGACGAGAUUCACGACUUCGUUGGCAGGAUACGUAAGGUCUCCGCUCAGCUUCAGGAUCAUGAUUGCCUCAAGGUCGUCAAAGGCAUGCGCGUUUGCGCUUCCGAUACUUUUGCCGAUGGCGAAGUUCUCUUUUACGAUGCCAUCGUCGACGAUAUUCUGCGUAAGGAGCAUUCGAAUCUAAAUGGCCAAGAAGAGUGUAAUUGCAUCUUCCUGCUCUUUUGGCUGCAUGGUCCUAAUGUUGGCAAUGUAUCAAACAAGGGGGUUGCAAAUAUAUGCCUUCUGCAAGAUUCUGAGUUACACCCCAAAGUAGCAACUUUCAUGGAGAUAGCGAUCCGAAACAGCGAGAAAGCCUCGUGCAAAUUUGUUUCUGGCACUACUAGUAAUGAUCCUGUUGUUCAACUUAAAGAAAACAACAGUAGCCCAAUUGUCAAACAGAAGCGGCGACUCAUCGGGAAUUUGAGACAGGGAAAGUAUGUUCGGCGGUCUUUGAGUGAAGUGUGGCCAUCAAAAGGAGAAAAUUGCAACGAUAGACAGGAUACUGAUGUAGGAGGGGGUAAAAAGCUUUACUUAAUACUAGUUCAGAAUCUCGAAAAAGAAUUAUCUUCAUUAGCAGUUUCAAAGUUUAUCUAUAAACAAACUUCAAUUGCAACACAAGUAUAUAUUUUCCCGAGUUUACCAUGGGAGCCAUAUGCCAAUGGUGUCAUCAUGUUGGACUGCAAAAGAGAUGUCGAAGGACGGUUGUUUGAUUUUUUGCAGAAUCCUAAUCAUUUCAUCGUAUCCUCAAAUGGGAGACCAUGGGUAGCCGCUGAAAAAUGUCAACGACUGAUCAUUGGAGCUUGAUGCUAAAAUCUCCUAUGUUUGAUUCAAGCAUUUACAAUGGACAGAACAAACUACCGAGUAGAAGGGAUGGUUGCUUUAACAAUGAAUUGAAGGUUGUUUAUUGUAGAACCGAGGAAUACGAGAAAGCGAAGGAGCGAAGGGAUUUAUUUUUGCAGUUUAUUGAUCAUCAAAAGAGACUUUACAAGAGGCUAUGCGAGGAAGAGAGGAGUAUAUGGUAGCCUUGUAUAGCAGACAACUGCUCCAACACCAAGAUAUUUUGCGUAUAAAAUCUCUGCAAUGAAGUUUGUAAACUCUGGUAUACGGUGUUCAUAUGUUGUAUGGUAGCCUAGUAAACUACCUCUACUUGGAUGGUUGAGUUGUGCAAAUAUGUCUCACACAUGUUGCUAUGGGUCCUUUUUGACAUGUUGAUAUUUGUCACCAAUAUCUUUGGCUUUGAAUGGCAGUUGUUAUUGCCAUAA